AUGGCGUCGUCUCUGGCCAAGUCAUCGUCCUCCGUUCUCCUCCUCGCCGUCGUCGCCCUCUUCGCCGCCUCCGCCGCAGACGCGGCCACCUUCAACGUCAUCAACCGCUGCAAGGACACGCUGUGGCCAGCGGCGCUCCCCGGCGGCGGCGCGCGGCUGGACCCGGGCAAGACGUGGACCGUGCAGAUCCCCGCGGGCACGGCGCACGCGCGGAUGUGGGCGCGCACGGGGUGCACCUUCGACGGCAGCGGGCGCGGGACGUGCCAGACGGGGGACUGCGGCGGCGCGCUGGCGUGCACCGUGUCCGGAAGAACCCCCGCGACGCUGGCCGAGUACACGCUGAACAACAACGGGCCGGACUACAUCGACAUCUCCCUGGUGGACGGCUUCAACGUGCCCAUGUCCUUCCAGUGCGGCGGCAAGGGGCCGAGCUGCAAGGCCGACGUCAACGCCCAGUGCCCCGCCGCGCUGAAGGUGCCCGGCGGCUGCGCCAGCGCGUGCGAGAAGCUCGGCGGCGACACCUACUGCUGCCGGGGCCCGUACACGGACAAGUGCCCGCCCACGGACUACUCCAGGUUCUUCAAGAGGCUGUGCCCGGACGCCUACAGCUACGCCAAGGACGACCAGACCAGCACCUUCACCUGCCCACGGGGCUCCAACUAUGAUAUCGUGCUCUGCCCAUGA